UGCUCUGAAAAGCCAUCUUUGCAUUGUUCCCGGGCCCCGCUCCGCGCUCGCCGCAGCCGCCUCCGCCGCCGCCGCCGCGGACUCCGGCAGCUUUGUCGCCCGAGUCCCCGAACGCCCGCUUUCUCUCGAGUCCGCUGCCUCGGAUCCCCGGCGUGCCCCACCAUGUCCGACGCGGCCGUGGACACCAGCUCCGAGAUCACCACCAAGGACUUGAAGGAGAAGAAGGAAGUGGUGGAGGAGGCGGAGAAUGGGAGAGACGCCCCCGCCAACGGCAACGCCAACGAGGAGAACGGGGAGCAGGAGGCGGACAACGAGGUAGACGAGGAGGAGGAGGAAGGCGGCGAGGAGGAAGAGGAGGAGGAAGAGGGCGAUGGUGAGGAAGAGGACGGAGACGAAGACGAGGAGGCCGAGGCAGCUACAGGCAAGCGGGCAGCUGAGGACGACGAGGAGGACGACGUGGACACCAAGAAGCAGAAGACCGACGAGGACGAGUAGACCCGAGACCGGAGAAGGCCGCCGCGACCUUCACCCUCACUCCCGGCCCCCCACCGUGGUCACCUCCGAGUAGAGGCCGCCCCGCGCCCCUGCGGACGCCGCGCUCACCGCCCACAAACCCAGUGAAUUCGCAACAGGGGAGGGACAGCACCAAACUCCAGGCCCUGCUUUCUUUCUUAAAAGUACUUUAAAAAGGAAAAUUUGUUUGUAUUUUUUAUUUACAUUUUAUAUUUUUGUACAUAUUGUUAGGGGUCAGCCAUUUUUAAUGAUCUCGGAUGACCAGACCAGCCUUGAGCGUCCUCUGUCCUACUUCUGACUUUACUUGUGGUGUGACCAUGUUCAUUCUAAUCUCAAAGGAGAAAAAAAACCUUGUAAAAAAAGCAAAAACGACAACAAAAAAACAAUCCUAUUCCGAGCAUUCCAGUAACUUUUUUUGUGUAUGUACUUAGCUGUACUAUAAGUAGUUGGUUUGUAUGAGAUGGUUAAAAAGGCCAAAGAUAAAAGGUUUCUUUUUUUCCUUUUUUGUCUAUGAAGUUGCUGUUUAUUUUUUUUGGCCUGUUUGAUGUAUGUGUGAAACAAUGUUGUCCAACAAUAAACCGGAAUUUUAUUUUGCUGAGUUGUUCUAACA